AUGUUCGUCAACAUCAUCAGUCGCAGAUCCCUUCGCGGCAUACCUCGUGCCUUCGACAUUCAAUUGAUGGCGCAGCAAGCUCCGCCGGUAGCAGGACCAUCACACCACCGCUCCUUCUCGUCGAGCAGCACCUCUCACUCUCACGAGAACCCCCUCGGUCUCCCACGCAACAACCAGCGCAUCCCACCCACCAUGCCACGCAGAGGUACCGGACCACCACAGCCACGUCGCAUCCCGCACGUCAAGCACGUCGUCUGCGUCUCCUCCGGCAAAGGCGGCGUUGGAAAAUCCACCAUCUCCACCAAUCUCGCUGUUGCGCUUUCCCUCACUCGCCCACCUUCUUCGUCUACAAAGCCACGCAUUGGUCUGUUGGACCUCGACAUCUUCGGACCCUCGAUACCGAAGCUGAUGCGGCUCGAAGGCGUUGGUGAGCCGGAGCUCACCUCGUACGGCGGUCUGAUACCGCUCAAGAAUCACGGCGUUAGCUGUAUGUCGAUGGGUUUCUUGCUGGGUAACACGUCGGAUCCGUCCGACGAAGACCGCGUAGUAGCCUGGCGGGGGAUGAUGGUGAUGAAAGCGACUCAACAGUUGCUCUUCGAUGUGAAUUGGCGGUUGGACCCGCGAGCACCUACACCGUCGUCGCCGGACGAGGUUGAUGGGUCGAACGCGCCCCUGGACGUGCUGGUGAUCGACAUGCCACCUGGUACAGGCGACGUGGCGCUAUCGCUAGCACAGCUGGUCAAGGUCGAUGCAGCAGUGGUGGUCACCACCCCGCAAGAGGUCGCGCUGCUGGACGCGAAGAAGGGCGUGACGAUGUUCCGGAAGACCAACGUGCCGGUGGCAGGGCUGGUGUUGAACAUGAGCCACUUUGUCAGUCCGGAUACGGGGAGGCAGUUCGAGCUGUUUGGUAAGGCGGAGGCGGUAGAGAGGUACGCGGAGAAGCAGGGAUUGGAGGUGCUGGCAAGGAUACCGCUGCAGCCGCAGGUGAGCAAGGGUGGCGACGAAGGGAUCCCAGCGACGCUGAGGGAGACCUUGCCGACGUUUGAGAGUGGGGAUGGAGCGAAGAGUGGGGAGCAGCCGAAUCAUAUUCGCAAAGCGUUCCUCGAGCUGGCGGACAAGGUGUGGUCCAGGCUGUCACGAUAG